UGUCUAAACUCAUCCUCCAAAUUUGUCACCCAACAAGAAAUAGAAAAGUCAACAACCAUUAACCUCUCAAGUCCCAAAUCCAGUAUUCCACGUUUCCGAGUCACUUCUGAGUCCAAACUCAACGAUCUUGCUCCUCUUAAGUCUUAUCCCCCAUCAAAAUUCUCAACUUCACCUCAACAAUGGCGUCCAAUCAAAACCCACCAACUCCAAUCCCACAAGAAGAACAAGACCUUCCAAACUCCAAAACAGCACUCCUCUCCUUCAACACAGAUCCACCCUCCACACAUAAACCCACUUUCAAAACCAACAAAACCAUCUUUUUCUCUCUCCUCUUCACCACCUUCACAGCCGUCAUCGCCGCCAUCUCUUUCGCCGUCCUAUUCUUCUCCUCCACCGUUAAACCCGGACACGAACCCAUCAUCCGCACAACCGCCCGAACACUAACCAAACUCCCCCACCCCAUUGUGCUUUUAAUUUCAUCUGAUGGGUUUCGAUUUGGGUACCAAUUCAAAGCUCCGACACCCAAUAUUCAUCGUCUUAUCAAUAAUGGCACUGAAGCUGAAUUGGGUUUGAUCUCAGUUUUCCCAACCUUAACUUUCCCCAAUCAUUAUUCCAUUGCUACUGGUUUAUACCCGCCUUAUCAUGGGAUCAUCAAUAACCGAUUCGUUGACCCGAUUACAGGUGAUAAAUUUACCAUGUCUAGCCAUGAACCCAAAUGGUGGCUUGGUGAGCCCUUGUGGGAAACGGUGACAAAACAUGGUAAAAAAGCUGCCACAUAUUUUUGGCCUGGUUCUGAGGUAAAAAGAAAGUUUUGGGAUUGCCCUGUUGAUUAUUGUAUGCUUUAUAAUGGUUCUGUGCCUUUUGAGGAUAGGGUUAAUACAGUUCUGAAUUACUUUGAUUUGCCUAGUGAUGAAAUUCCUGUGUUUAUGACAUUGUAUUUCGAGGACCCGGAUCAUCAGGGUCACCAGGUUGGGCCUGAUGAUCCGGAGAUUACGAAGGCGGUUGUUAGGAUUGAUGAGAUGAUUGGGAAAUUGAUUAAAGGGUUGGAGGAAAGAGGGGUGUUUGAGGAUGUUAAUAUUAUUAUGGUGGGUGAUCAUGGUAUGGUGGGUACUUGUGAUAAGAAAUUGAUAUAUUUGGAUGAUUUGGCUCCUUGGGUUGAAAUUCCUUCAGAUUGGGUACAAAACUAUACUCCAUUGCUCGCAAUUCGCCCUCCACCAGAGAUUUCUGCAGCGGACAUUGUGGCGAAGAUGAAUGAGGGGUUGCAAUCAGGGAAAGUCGAGAAUGGGAAUAAUUUGAAGAUGUAUCUAAAGGAAGAUCUUCCUAGUAGGCUUCAUUAUGUUGAUAGUUAUCGGAUUCCGCCUAUAAUUGGCCUUCUUGAAGAGAGUUUUAAAGUAGAGCAAAAGAAGUCUAACAAGAUGGAAUGUGGUGGAGCUCAUGGAUAUGAUAACGCAUUCUUCUCUAUGAGGACCAUUUUCAUUGGUCAUGGCCCUCAAUUUGCUGAAGGAAGGAAGGUACCGUCUUUCGAAAAUGUUCAAAUAUAUAACUUGAUUACUUCAAUACUUAACAUUGAAGGAGCACCAAAUAAUGGGACUGAUUCAUUUUCUAACUCUGUUCUUUUGCCUGAUGCAUAAAAUUCUGAUGUUAAGGCAUAAAUGGAGUGAGUAUUUAUUGCUAUGUAAUGGAUACUAUGAUCAUUUCAUGUAAAUAACUCUUCCUAAUUGCUACAUAGGUCUGUUUGAUUGUGACAGAGAUGUUGCAUAUUAUGUGAUUUUGGUCAAAAAGUGAGUUGGAGCAUGUAAUUCUUACGAACUUUUACCUAGUUCGAUGUUACUGUCUUUUAUUGGUUCAGGCAAUAAAAGCUGAUAGAAAUUUUCAGUUUU